CUAUAUAGACAGUACAUGUACCUACAUACCUGUAGAUAAUAAUUAUAGCGUGUCAAAACAUACUGGGUUGUCAUUCGUUAAAAGCUAAGCUGGAUAUUCUGACACUGCUAUGGAUCCUUCUAACCUAAACAGGGAUGCUUUGUCACGUGACCUUGAGAUUAAAGGUUAUUCUGUUGUCCCCGGUGUUGUGUCAGAGGAGGAUUGCGAUAAUUACACCCGACAGUACUCGGACUGGGUAGCUAAGUUUGGAGAUGACCCUCCAUUCAGCCAUGACUCGCUGAUGCACUACUACAGAGUUGGCCAUUUUGAUGCAACAUGGAGAGUGCGGCUAAAAGCAAAACCGGUUUUUGCCUCACUGUGGAAUACAGAGAAACUUUUGUGCAGCAUGGACGGCAUAGCCAUUGGGAUACCACCAGAACUCGGCAAAGGGAAAUUCAGAGACGAGGGAACAAACUGGUUUCAUCUUGACCAAGGGCGAACUAGAAGAGGUCUCCAUGUAUAUCAGGCGGCAGUGUACUUAGAAGAAACUACCGAGGAAGAUCACUGCUUGAGGGUCAUUGAAAAAUCUCAUCUCUUUCAUGAUAAAUUCCAAAAGGCUUUUCCUGAUGCCAUGGUACUUGAUGACGAGGAAAACGAAGAAGAGUUCUUCCCUUUCAAGCCAGAAUGGACUUCCUGGUUCAAAGAGCAAGGAUGUACAGAAAGAAUAAUGGCCGUCCCCAAGGGUGGAAUGGUAAUAUGGGAUUCACGCACAGCCCAUGAUGCUGUUUUACCAAAACGAGGUCGGAUGCAUUCCGAUAGAUGGCGCUAUGGUGUUUUUGUGUGCAUGGCGCCAGCCAUUUGGGCUACAGAUGAAGAUUAUAAGACGAAGAAAUUUGCAUAUGAUAAUUUUCGUAGUACUGCUCAUUGGCCUGCCCAGAAAAAUAUCGUUUUCAGAUCAACAACAGGAAAUCCGUAUACGAAGGAUCGUCAGCAUAUAUAUGCCGUAGAGACUAUGCCAGAUAUAGAGAAAACAAAGGAAGCAAAGCUAUUGGCUGGUCUAGAACGAUACGAUUUCAAGGAUGGUUCUCCGAAUGAUCCUGGUUGGAGUCCUACCUGGGACAAAUCGUCUGUGUUCUACCCCCGUUAUAGCGACAGGACAUAGGACAGGACAAAAAACAGGAUAACUAGAUCAUUGUCUUCCUUCGUCAUCUGUGUUUAUCUAUUUGCAAUUCAUGCUGUUUUCUAUUGCAUAUAUGGUAUGUCUACCAAUGAAAUAUUUGAAAUUAUCAACUUGAUAAAACCAUUAUCACUGCUUAAACCAGCACUUGUGACAUUAAAGGAAUCAUGUAUCGUCACUAAGGGCGAUAUAACGUUUUGUUUUGACCAAUCAGAAAGAUGCUUCCUAUUCACCGGAUUGAAAAUUGUUUGCUGUCCUUUCGAAUCAAAAUACUACCAGUAAAUGUACAUUGCAGAUUUUAGGUGCAAGCUUAUUUGACAUUUGAUAAUAAACCAAAAUAUAUGUUUCAGUCUCCAUAGCUUAAUAAAAAAUAUUAAAUCAAAAUGAGA